AUGCCCAAGCACCCAGCCCCAGACAUUGAGAGCCACCAGCACACCGGCGAGCAGAGGCACACCCCACCAGAGGGCAGUCCAGGACACUUACCCACCCCCUACAGAGGGCAGGCCAUAUCCGAACCCAGGAGGCAAGCCCAUUCAUUCUGGGGUGUGGAAGAGCAGACAGCCAAGGCCCAGCCCGGGCUGCACCAGGCCAGCCGGUCAGCCCCCCGCCACAGCGAAGCAACACCACUGACUACCCCCACACACCGCCAAUGGCCAAGUGCACACCCCCCAGCCGACCACCAGCCAGACCAUGGCAGCCACCCCAGCCAGCGGGCUAACCAUGGCAACCAGGGGCCACAAUCCGAGAGCCCGAACAACCCCAGGGAAGACAGACCGCCAGCCAAAGCCCUCGGCACCCCUCCAGGAUCUCGAGUCCAUCCGCACCAGACGACCGACCGCCAGGCCGGGAGAGCCCAAGGCCAUGGACAAAACAGAGCCCACGGGACCACCAGAGAAGGGGACCACCAAUCCAUCCACCCCAGAGCCAUCCAGACCCCCAAGAUCAGACGCCCAGUCCCACAGCCAGCCUGCGACCAACAGAGGCCACUGAACCCCAGCAAGGAAAGUUCGGCUGAGAGUGCCCACCCAGCCGCCGGCAGCGCAAGGAGGCAUCCAGAGCAAGCUCCGCCACCACUAAGGGACCAACCAGCCACUCCAGCACAGGACCCCAGCCGCCACCAAAGGCCAUCCACACAUCCCUCACCCCAGAGGAAAUACUACACCCACCCCAACAUUCGUACAACUCUCAGAACACAUGGCACACUAGACACCCAGGCUGGGUCGACCCACCCCGUCCAUGGGUCACCAGCCCCACACCCAGCCACCACCAUCCCCCGGCCCACCAGUCCACCGAAGGCUCCCAGCCCAGAGCCGGGCACCCGGGCACAAACCGGCCCACAGCCCGGCAACCGCCUGCCAGGGCUCAAGCCCCCCAGGCCCCACCAAGACCAUAGGCCAGGGGUGGUACGACCCCAGGACCCUAAGCCCCCCAUGCCCACCCCAGCACAGCUCAACCACCGGAUCGGUGACCCAUGA